GCCGGCGCCCCCUGCGGCCGGGCUGCGGGCGGCGGGCGGCGGGCGGCGGCCCCAUGCUGCUGCCCCUGGCCUGCCUGCACGGCCGCGUCGCGCAGUGCCUCAGCUCCCUCCUUGUGCUUGCAGAGCCGCUCCCGAAGCCCCGGCGCGGCGCGAGGGCGCGCGGCGCGCCGCCGACAUGCGCUGAGGCCGCCCCCGCCGCGCCACCCGCGAAGAUGGCCGCGGAGCUCUACCCGGCCGCCAGCGCCGCGGCCGCCACCGCCACGGACAUCGCCAACAGCAACGCCGCGGCCGCCCCCAGCCGCAAGGCCAGCCCGCGCAGCCCGCCCAGCGCCCCGGCCCCCGCCCCGCCGCCGCCCGCGCCCGCGCCACCCGCGCCCAACAACAACAACUUGGAGAGCCCCAACUGGCAGUCCUUCCACCCGACCCUGCGCGAGAGGAACGCGCUGAUGUUCAACAACGAGCUCAUGGCCGACGUCCACUUCAUCGUGGGGCCCCUGGGGGCGACCAGGAGGGUGCCUGCCCACAAGUAUGUUCUGGCUGUUGGUAGCUCCGUCUUCUAUGCCAUGUUUUACGGGGACCUUGCAGAAGUCAAGGCAGAAAUCCACAUUCCGGACGUGGAGCCUGCAGCUUUUCUAAUCUUGUUAAAGUACAUGUACAGUGAUGAGAUUGAUCUAGAAGCCGAUACGGUGCUGGCCACUCUGUAUGCUGCCAAGAAGUACAUUGUCCCUGCAUUGGCAAAAGCCUGUGUCAACUUUCUGGAGACAAGUCUUGAAGCCAAAAAUGCCUGUGUCCUGCUGUCCCAGAGUCGGCUGUUUGAGGAGCCUGAGCUGACCCAGCGCUGCUGGGAGGUCAUUGACGCACAGGCUGAGAUGGCCCUGAGGUCUGAGGGCUUCUGUGAAAUAGACUGGCAGACGCUGGAGAUCAUCGUGACUCGGGAGGCCCUCAACACCAAGGAGGCCGUGGUCUUUGAGGCUGUCUUGAACUGGGCUGAGGCAGAGUGCAAGAGGCAGGGCCUGCCGGUCACCCCACGCAACAAGAGGCAUGUUUUGGGGCGAGCCCUCUAUCUGGUCCGAAUUCCAACCAUGACCCUGGAGGAGUUUGCCAAUGGCGCUGCCCAGUCGGAUAUCCUGACACUGGAGGAGACCCACAACAUUUUCCUAUGGUACACAGCUGCCAAUAAGCCCCUCCUCGACUUCCCCCUGACCAAGAGGAAGGGCCUCACCCCCCAGAGGUGCCACCGCUUCCAGUCUUCUGCCUACCGCAGCAACCAGUGGCGGUACCGUGGGCGCUGUGACAGCAUCCAGUUUGCUGUGGACAGAAGGGUAUUUAUUGCAGGGAUGGGCUUGUAUGGGUCCAGCUCUGGGAAGGCUGAGUACAGUGUGAAGAUUGAACUCAAGCGGCUGGGGAUGGUUCUGGCUCAGAAUCUGACCAAGUUUGUGUCAGAUGGAUCCAGUAACACCUUCUCAGUCUGGUUUGAACACCCUGUCCAAGUUGAGCAGGACACCUUCUACACAGCUAGUGCCGUCCUGGAUGGCAGUGAGCUCAGCUACUUUGGGCAGGAGGGGAUGACAGAAGUGCAGUGUGGGAAGGUGACCUUCCAGUUCCAGUGCUCCUCGGACAGCACCAAUGGGACCGGGGUCCAGGGCGGGCAGAUCCCUGAGCUCAUCUUCUACGCCUGAGAUGCGCUGUGAAGACGUCGGGGAAGGCUAGGCUGCCCAGCCUGUCCUUCACAGCAGUUCACCCAGUAAGUGUGGGGAAGUGCGGGGCACUCUGCUGACUGCCUUACUGACACCAUUAAAGGCUUCACUUACUCUCUCUCUUGUAUGUAGUCAGAUGUAGCCCGGUUCUGUGAAAUAGAUGCCUGUUCUAUGCAGCCAGAGCCUGGGUGUCUCAGUUUUAGGCAUCUCCUGUACACGGUGCAUGUCUCAAGGAGAGGGAAGAUUUGGGGCACAAGGCAGGCUCCAGAUCCCCUCCCAGUGGUACUGUGCGAUCUGCUUUGAGGGCUUGGACAUUCUUCCUACACUCUUGGAUUCUAAGUGUUUUCAAGCAUAACUGGAGAACUUCCCUUCAAAUCCAAACUUGGCAAAAAGUCACUUAAAGUAGUUAUCUGUUUAAGUGGAUUUUCAUAAUAAAGGUUUCAUAAAAUGAUA